GAGCAAAGUCAACUGUGUCCCUGUACAGUGACAUUACAAGACUUCCUUCUGUUUCUACAUCAUGGUGGGUUGAAACAGGGGGCAGGGCUUCGCUCUUACUUUCUGUUUCACUUACUCAUCACCAACAGUACAUUGGCGGAUGGCUUUUGCACAGAGGAUGACGAGGGAAGAAGAAUUCCUGAAAAAGAAAGACCUUUUCAGAAGGAAUGCUUUCUUGAUUAUCAAAGAAAUGGUGGGCCUGAGUUCAGCACACCCCUCAGUGUUCGUGGAUGAGGUUCUUCACAGCAUCUUCUUUUUGGGAGAGAUCAACACGCCGCAAUAUACCCCGAAAGAUAUUGUGACUGAUGACGACAUGUUGAAUGUGUUGAAGGGGCGUUACCCUCAGCCUUUUAAAUACUAUUCCUCUCAACUACCCAAGCGGAGUCCAAUUUCCUGUGUGCUAGACAUGAUUGUUCUCCUGCUUAAACAAGAGAGUGAGAACAAAAUAAUCGAAAGGCUGCAAAAGCUGAUCCUUCAGCUGAAACAGGAUGAAGCAACAGAACUGGUCUCCUCCACCAUCUGUGUCUCUCAGCCCAACAAGACCCCAAAUUCAGGCAGGUACUAUGGAGUGUCCAUGUCCACUGCUGGCCGUAAUCCAGGCCGAAUCAUGAUCGCUGCGUCCUGUCUUAGCGCCUGGGACAGCUACGUAGCCGGUGCGGUGAUGACCUACUAUCCAAAGAAAGAAAAGAAGCCAUAUUUUGAUGGAACCAUCAAGCUUCCAGAGCAGGUCAGGUGUCAGGCAUUCAGCCUCAGUCAGGGGAGAAAGAUGUCUCCUUGCAGAUCAUGUGGGAAUCUGUUCGGUUUGACGACGAGUGAAAAACAAGAGUGGCCCUAUGGCAACUGUGCCGAAGUUGAGAGUGUGAGCAACUUGCUUAAAAAUGAGAGCGAAGUGAAAGAGCAAGCUCGACCAACGUCUGAGACGUGGACAGAAGCCAACAGGCAGAAGGCUAAAGAGAGUGUCUUGAAAGAGCUCAACGCUUCUCUGCGCAUGCUGAAAUUUAAGUGGGAUAACAAUUUCUACACCCCACAAGUUUAAUGCUAAAAAAGGGGAAAUUAUUGCAUAUUAGAUGUCGACAAGUACAGUUCUUAUGGCCCUUUAUUAUAAAGUGACCAGAUAGAUCUCUUUUGAUGUGAUUCUGGAUCAGUAAAAAUUCUCUGUACUGAAAUUCCUACUUUUUUGAUUAGAGCUGUGAACAUAUCAUGCUUCAUCACUGCAAACUGAAAACGCUUCAGCAUAUUAUGACCAUAACAAUAAAGAUAUGAAUGCAGGUAGUCAAAUGUGUGUCAAUGAAGAAGAUGCAAAAGUUGAUGCAUUAAUCAUGUUACUCACAAUAAAAUGAUGGAGAUGUAAACUCA